UUAAACAAUAGUCGCAAAGAAGAAGAAAAACAAGGCAACAGCAACCAGGACAGUCGUCUGUUACUUUUAAUCUUAAACAUCUCAGUUUGAAGCUCCAGUGUUCCUAUCCAUAUGAUAAAGAGAAAGAUCUGAAGAAACUGCGGCUAAACCUGACUUUAAACGUCUGUUUGUAAGAACAACAGCGAAUCUAGCAUCAAGCUAAGAGACGUCUUCGCCACUACAGCCAGUGCAGGACAGACAAAGCAUGUCCACAAAUGAGGUGAUAGGUCUGCUGUUGAAAGAGGAGGAGGAAAGGGAGAAGAGGAAAAACACAUCUCUCCCUACUCAAGACCUCACAGGCAUGGCAACGUCUGAGGUUAAUCAAGACAUUUCUAAGAGAGACAGCAGUGAGAACUGGAUCCUCAUGUCAGAGAAGAAUGCGCAGCUAAAGUUUGAUGAUAAGGUGAUCAGUUCAAAGAUUAAGACGACCGCAAAGGCCAUGACUGCACAGAAGUAUGUAGUACAAAGACUUGAAGAUUUCAAGGCAUUUGAAGAUUGCUUUUUGAAAGAAUUCCUCACCUCUGUCGAGAAGAAAGUUAUGGAUGCCCAAAAUCUCAGGUUGAAAAACUCAAGUAGCUCCAUACAGGAAAUGAAUGAUAAGAUUGAGAAGGUCACCGAUGAAACAGCAAUAUUAAAAAGUGAAGUUGCCAAGAUUGAGAAGGUUCUGAAUGAAUAUAAGAGGUACAGGAGAGUUCUGUUCAAGCUUUCUCCUCCCGAGUGGCAGGAAGCCCAGAAAGCAGCGACUUUAACAACCAAAGGCUUGCCAGACAGACCAGAUGGCUUGGAGAAAGAUCUGGAUUCCACUCCAGAUAGAGUGCUGCCUCCCACCAGUGAGUCUACACUGUCCUCAAACCACAGUGAUGCCGUGGUGAAGAAUUCCCAGCUGAAUGGAAACAACACAAUCUAUGAGGACAAGCUGGAACUAUAUAACUUCGAUCCCCUGGAGGUAAUCGUCCUGCUGUCAGAGCUGACUGACCAGAACCUGUCUCUGAUUCACAACAUCACCAGGAUGGAUAAGAAAAUGGAGCACACUUUCGAGGUCACCAUAAAGAAAAUGAAAGAGGAAGAAGAGCAGCUAAACAUGCAUGUAGAAGAUAUGAAGGAGAGAGUUGACAUCAAAAAGAAGAGAGUGGCCAUGCUUAAAAAGAGUGUUCAUCUCCAUGAAUCAAUAAAGACAGAGGACCAGGAUAUUAUGUUGAAUGAUUUGGCGAUUAAGGUGGCAAAGGUGUAUUCCUCAUGCGUCGAUGAACGGCCGACCCAACUCACCACUUUGGAGAUGCUGACUGGUUUUGAGCACCAUAUAUCUCUGCUGUUCCAGCAAGUUGAGAGCAUCCCAGAGGACGUGCUGAAAACACUGAGGAACAUCAAGGACAGCGAGAAGAGGAGCAGACAGCGAGAGGAAAAACUUAAACUGGAGAUGGAGCAACACAGAGAAAGGAUGAAGGAGUGCAUUCAGAGAUCGCUGGAUGAAGCCAAGAAAACAUAUGGACGAAAGCUCAUGCCCAGAUGUUUCCCGGUCAAGAAGAAGAUUGAAGUUGUUGAUGAGGUCAUCGCCUUGAUGGAGGACUUCUGUUCCCACCUCUUCGCCGAGGACUCAGAUUAAAAAUAAGUACAAAUGCUCUA